AAUGAGGUGUGGCUCUCGCUAAGGACAAGAUGUCCUUGAUUCGUGUAUUAAAAAUACAAAUCGGUCAGAUGGGUCUACUAAAUAAAACUGGGUCACACACAAAAUUGAUUUCCUUCCUAAAAAUAAAAUUCAAGUCCAGCAGGACUGUAAUGCAGUUUAGUGGUAAAUGGAAUAAAAUAACUAAGUAUAAACAACAUAACCGUCAUCCCAGUCUACUCAUCGGUGGCGUGGUGAUGCGGAAAUAAAAUCUUGGAACGGUUACAAAACUAGAUCAUACGAUAUUUUGAUUGUGAAGUGGCGCGUUUUCAUUGAGUCGUGCUGGAGGUGUGGCCAACGGCGUCACGUAGCGCGCUGUUAGCAAACAUGUUUUGAUAAUCAUAUAAAACUAGUUGUUUAUUUACGAAUUUCUCAGUACUAACUCAAUAUUCAAAGAAGAAGGUACUCACCGUUUUUAAACAAACCAUUUAAAAAGACAUUCAAACUUACGAGGACUUCCUUUAAAGUGACGUGAUUAGAUAAAAGAAAGUGAACUACUGAUCGAGAGUGAAGUGAAUGUAAAAAGUUUGUUUUGGUUCGCUCAGCUGCGAUUGGCAGAAUUGUUAUCGUCCGAUUUUACGUCAUUCGUAUCUGUCAUUGAUUUAUUUAUAUUUUACGCCAAGGCUUUACGCAAAUAUUAGAUUUGCUACAGCUGUGAAUCGACACUGUUUCUGUGAUAACGUGAAUCCAAUCGUCGAGAGAGUUCUUUGUAUUGUGACAUUACGAUAAACCAAGUGUGAAGUGUCGGUCGCGAGCGUACGUUAUUCGCCUAAGAAUUUGCUUCGUAUCUAUAAUUUAGAUACAAACUAAGUAAUUGGUAUACACAUUAAUAAAAUAUAUUGUGUUUUACGUGCUUUGAGAUCUAAUAAAGCUUUAAACAUGUCUUCGUUGGGCAGUCAGUGGCGAAUAAUUCGGCACUAUCUGUCGAUGACCAACCUGAACACAGAAGUUGAAAAACUAGUGCAGAGGAUGAAGCCAGCCUCUCCGGAGCAAUGGGACAAUUUAAUUAGAAAAUUCGAAAAAGCAGUCACAGCUAGAUUAUCAACUACAACCAAAGAAAUAGAACCAGCCAUUGAAAAAAAAUCUGUUACUAAAGAAACAUCUGCCGCAAGCACUACAGAUGAGAGACCCUUUAAAAUACCCAAUCAUGAUGAGAAGUUUCCUCAAGAAGGUCUGUCAGUGGGGUCGGAAGCCAAAGAGAUCACUAUGGAAGGUCUUUGGCAAGGGUUGAAGCUAAAAAAGGAUACUCACUUUGGGAAAAUAUCGGAGAACAGCUGGAAAUCGAAUAAGCCUAUAGUCACAAAGACUUCCAUCCAUUCCCGGACGGCAUACGUCAUAUCGGCGCUUGUGACGGCGGAGACGACAGAAUGCCUGAUGAGGAGGACAGAGCAUUUCAUCGACCAUUUGAAACAAUAUCCUGAGUCUAGGGACUAUGCUAUUAAGGAGGGCGCGGUGCGUGCACUCUUGAGGGUACAACGAAGACUGAAUGAUGAUGAACCAAUAACCAAGGAGACUGCUGGCAUUGUCAAAGAGGCCCUAGCCCUAAUGGGCUACACCGGCCCCACAAAAGGCCCCGGCCCCAACAUCCUGUCCAUCGACGGCGGCGGCAUCCGCGGCCUCAUAGCCAUCGAAGUGCUUCGUCAUCUCGAGAGGCUGACUGGCAGACGGGUGCAGGACAUGUUCGACUAUAUCAUCGGAGUCAGCACUGGGGCCAUCAUAGCUGCUGUCAUUGGCGGAGGCGUGGGCACGCUUGACACGGCGAAUCAGAUGUACAUGACGCUGUCCAAGGAAAUGUUCGGGAACACCUCGCUCAUUGGAGGUACAUCUAGGUUAGUGUGGACACAUUCCUACUACGAUACGGAUGCGUGGGAGGCGUUACUGAAGAGGAACCUGGGAGAUUGUACUCUCACGGAGUGCAAUAGAAACGAUACGCCUAAAAUGGCGCUAGUAUCGUGCGUAGUGAACGCCGGCUCGAAACUCUCCCCAUUCCUGUUCCGCUCGUACGAGUGCCCGUUCCGCGUGCGCUCCGUGUUCCCCGGCACGGCGCGCGCGCGGCUGUGGCACGCCGUGCGCGCCUCCGCCGCCGCGCCCACCUACUUCAACGAGUUCCGGCUGGACAACCUACUCCACCAGGACGGCGGCAUAAUGGUGAACAACCCAACCGGCGUCGGUCUCCACGAAGCCAAGCUCCUUUUCGGAGCGAAAGCUCUCCAAAACGGAACAGUCAUCUCCGUCGGUACCGGCAAAGCUCUUCACAAACACCUCGACUAUCAGAGCUUAAGCAAGGGGCUGCAGAAGGAAGCACCUGGGACCAGUUGGAAGGACAAGUUUAACAAGAUUUUGGACUCUGCUACCGAUACUGAAGGUACCCAUUUAGUGUUGAACGACCUCCUACCCCCGGGCAGCUACUACCGCUUCAACCCUCCCCUGAUGGAGGAGUGCGCCAUGGACGAGAUCAACCCCGACAAGCUGAACAGUCUCGUCACCGACACACAGGCCUACAUCCGCCGGAACCAACACAAGUUCCAACAGGCGGCCGCCAUGCUGGUACGGAAGCGGACCAUCGCGCAGAAGGUAAUGGACUUUGUCGACUACCAGAGCCAGAUCAUGGGCGUCGUGGCCAAGUGACGGUUAACUCAUCAUCAUCAGCGAGCUGAUGAAUGAUGAACGAAUGAGUGAAUGAUCGUCUAGUCUAGUCCAAUGAGUGGAGAGAAUCUGUUGUGAGGAGUUCCAGGGUCGAAAAAUAUGAUUUUACUUUGAUCAUAUGAAAAGUGCUGCUGCAUGAAAAUUGAUUAAAUUAAAUCAAGUUGCAUGAGUGGAUAGGAUCAAUUGUGAAGAGUUCCAGGGUUGGAAAAUAUGAUUUUGUGUGAUUUUGAUCAUACAAUAAUUACAAAAAUAUUUGGCGAUAUUCAAGUUGGUUACAUUGCUAAGAAAUCGCAGUUAAAAUUAUGGCAAAUCACACUUGUCCAAUUGGAAACUUAGGUCAUUCCUAUUUGUCCUAUACAUUUUACAAGCAUGGUCCUAAUAAAGGAUCGAGUGGGAAGACAUUUCGCAAAGCAUUUUGUUCUGAAUUUCUGACUAAUGAUUGACAUGAAAUGAUUUGUUUGUUUAUUGAAUUGUCUGUAUGCCAAUACGGGUAUAAAACACGGUAAUAAACAUGUAUAUACAUUUUAAUCUUAUUGCAAUGACAUAGGGUGAAUAAGUGUAUAUUAUGUUUUGGAUGGUGAACUUGGCACUUAUAAUGUCAACAAUGUAUUAUUAGAUGAGACAUGACAAUGGGCGCUUUUAUACUUUAAUAUGGACGAUACAGUCCACACCAAGUCGUUCUAUAUUAAGUCGUAUUGUUUAAAGCGUCGUUAAUAUCCAUACAUUUUGGUACCUUGCUUUAUUGUGACAGUAACACGUGCCGUCGACGUAAAGUACGAAAGCAACUUAUCUUUUUUUUUCUCUUUAUUAAAGGGCUUUUUCGGGUAAACGACUAUGUCGCCCCAAAAGCAACUUAUCUUGUGUCUGUUUUAGAGCCACUUGCGCCAUUCAGGGUUAGCCACUAACUGGGGGUUAACUGGUUAACUCCGGAGUUACCGAGUAACGAGGUCCGGAGUGAGUAGCUAACCCUGGAUUGUGCAAGUAGCCCUUAUCGCCACUUGCACCACCCCACUAACUUGUGGUUAACCUGUUAAACCGCUAACCCAGUCUCAAAUUUUACUGGUAACUAUGAUCUCUCAAGGUUUAACCGGUUAACCUCGAAAUAGUGGUGGCGCUUAGUGAUACAAAAUACGCUUGACUUUAUACAUUCAAAAAGUAUAAUUAAAGGCUUAUGCACGGCUCCUAAGCCCAGGAAUGGACAACCAAAACUCGCUAGCAAAUCUGCCCGUAUUCCGUGAAAGUUAAUACCACCCCACUAACUUGUGGUUAACCUGUUAAACCGCUAACCCAGUCUCAAAUUUUACUGGUAACUAUGAUCUCUCAAGGUUUAACCGGUUAACCUCGAAAUAGAAAUGAAUACUGAGAUAUGAGGUUUUUAGUAUAGAUCGUUUAGUGAAUUUUGGUUGUCAACUGGCGGUUGAAAGGCUGCUGAAGUAUGAAGGAUGUAUCAUGGAUAAAGUUUUGAAACAUUACGACGUUCGACAACUAUGUUCAUGACUAACCAACAUUGGAUGAGAUGGUUGUAUAACAUUCAUACUACAAACAUUCGAAUAUAACUAUUAAAUACCUAGUUUAAGAAUAUACCAGUUACACUGAAAAUAUUAUAAUGCUCAUUAUAUCAAAAAUAUAUUCAAAAUAAAUAAAAAAAUACGUCUCUGUUGGUAUCCACUUUAAAAUAUAUUCAUCGUUAAUUUCAUACAGUUCAAUUUGUCUUUAUAAGAUUUAAUCAAAAUUGUUUGUAGUAUUAGUAGUUAGUACUAAUUUUUUAUUGCAUUUCUAUAAAUAUUGUUAAUUAAUUGUAAGUACUAAACAAUGUAAUUAUUUAGACAAAAAUAUAUCACGAACAUUUGCAAUAAUAGUUUUUAGUUACUUUUUCCGAAAAAUAGUUACACUUGUUUCUCUCACUCUUCUUUGUUGUCUGUUUAUAAAUCGUGUAUGUAGAUGCUAUAACAUAUUAUAGAUCGAGUCAUUCACGAAGACGCGUGCCUUGACGCGUAUUGUCAUGUCAUUAGAGGUUAGAUUUGACAAAUCUGCGCGUCAUCGUGGAUGUUGUAGAUAAAAAUCAUCUAGUCAGUUAGGGGCAUUACCAUAGUGUAGUUUUUUAUGUAGUAUUUUAGAUACACCUCAGUGUAAAAUUUUAAUUGAUAGCAAUAGAUUUUACAUAUUUGUUAGUUUUCCAAAAUGUGAUAAUGAUAAAUAAAUAAAAAUGAAAUCUAA